UGCCAGCAAGCGGUUGUAGUAAUCUACGGUGUCCCGCGAGCAGUGGGUGACGGCAGUAUAAAAUGCACAUCCUAAGAGCGUCUCGUGCACUCUCUAUCUUACAUCGCCAUCUUCAGCCCACUACUAGGAGUUCCCUGGUGGCCGCCUAUACAGGAGCACGCACAAUGGCGACCAAAAUUACCGUGGCGAACCCGGUUGUGGACCUGGAUGGCGAUGAGAUGACCCGUGUUAUCUGGCAGCAGAUUAAGGACAAGCUUGUCCUGCCUUACCUGGACCUGAAGAUUGUCUACUUCGACCUAGGCCUGCCCAACCGUGACGCGACCGACGACAAGGUGACGGAGGAAGCGGCGCGUGCCAUUCAGCAAUACAACGUGGGCAUCAAGUGCGCCACCAUCACCCCCGAUGAGGCGCGCGUGAAGGAGUUCGGUCUGAAGAAGAUGUGGAAGAGCCCCAACGGCACCAUCCGCAACAUCCUGAACGGCACCGUCUUCCGCGAGCCCAUUGUCAUCAACAACAUCCCCCGCCUGGUGCCCGGCUGGACCAAGCCCAUUGUCGUGGGCAGGCACGCGUUCGGCGACCAGUACAAGGCCACCGACUUCAAGGUGGAGGGCCCCGGCAAGCUGGAGAUGGUCUUCACCCCCGCCUCGGGCGGCCCGGCUAAGACCUACGAGGUGUUCAACUUCGAGGGCGCCGGUGUGUCCAUGGGCAUGUACAACACGGAGGAGUCGAUCCGCGGCUUCGCGCUGGCGUGCUUCGAGUAUGCGCUGCAGAAGAAGUGGCCCCUGUACCUGUCCACCAAGAACACCAUCCUGAAGGCCUACGACGGCAUGUUCAUGCAGGUGUUCGCUGAGAUCUACGAGUCGCAGUACAAGGAGCAGUACGAGGCGGCGGGCAUCUGGUACGAGCACCGCCUGAUUGACGACAUGGUGGCGCAGAUGCUCAAGUCCAACGGCGGCUUCGUGUGGGCCACCAAGAACUACGACGGCGAUGUGCAGUCGGACAUUGUGGCGCAGGGCUACGGCUCGCUGGGCCUCAUGACCAGUGUGCUGGUCACCCCCGACGGCAAGACGGUGGAGGCCGAGGCCGCCCACGGCACCGUGACCCGCCACUGGCGUGAGUACCAGAAGGGCCGCCCCACCAGCACCAACCCCGUGGCGUCCAUCUUCGCCUGGACCCGCGGCCUGAUGCACCGCGGCAAGCUGGACAGCAACGACGAGCUCGUGCAGUGGUGCCACGACCUGGAGGCCGCUGUGAUUGAGACCAUCCAGGACGGCAAGAUGACCAAGGAUCUGGCCAUUUGCGUGCACGGCACCACCAAGGUCACCCCCGACCAGUACCUCAACACGGAGCCCUUCAUGGACGCCAUUGCUGAGACCUUCGCCCGCAAGCGCGCCGGCAAGAACUAAACGCAUGCAUGCACCCAUGCAUGUAGGUUUGCAGGUGCGCUUGCAGCCGUGUGCUCAUUGCAGCGGUGGCGGGCGUGCCCUUGGGGGGCACCGGCUUGUGGAUUUCGGAUGGUGCGGUUGACCUAACCUGUAUCAUUGAUUGUGACAAUAUGUAGCGGUCGGCAGCGGCAGUUGCUCAGGUGGUUGUUGGCGUAGGAUGCGCCGUUGCGGAAUCGUCCGUUUCAUGUCUUCAAUGACUUCAAUUCGCAAUCUGGAAGAACCGCAGUCUUGCUGCGUGCGAAAGGUGUAGGACUGAUUGAAAUGUCAGAAUGACCGGCUGGCAUGCGGUCCCUACUCGCGCCUUAGUAUGGCGGAGGCUUGGAAGCGGGCAAGGGGCAAUGGGGGAAGGAUGGUAAUGAAGCGAUUCGGACCUUCGAAUUCUUUGACAGCACGUCUAUUGUGCGUGUCGCUGGUGCAAUAGGAACAGGCGCGGUAUUCACCCGGACCCGCUGUUGUGGAACGCAGGUGCGUUACCGUAGCCGCGGCUUAACAUUUUGGAACCGUAUAUUGCGGAAGCUGUUGCUGUACGGCAUGUACCGUCUCGCUGAGUCGCUUUUUGCUGUGCGCGUCCAUUUUUGCGCUGACUCGCCAAUGUCAAUUAAUAAUGGUGCUCUUGGUAUCUUAAGGUGUAUGGUGGUUUAGGGGCACCGAAGAAUUUCCCCGGGUGAUGUUCGUGUUGUGGUAUCUGUACCUGUUAGGUCUUCUCUCCCUGCGAUGCCUUCAGGGGGUGAAUGUAGGAGUAGAAUGUGGGCUCAGGCAUGCCCCUCUGGAACGAUCGCUUGUGACCCAACCCCGCCAAUUGCCCGCGAGGCCGUGAUGCUGAUGUAAACCCAAUGCUAUUAGAA